AUGAACUCGACGACGUUGGACAGUGAGAAGGGCCAAUUGCUGCCGCAGCAGCCUCGCCCUAUUCCCAAGCGCAAGUCAUCAUCCCGAUUCGCUACAGUUGCCGCUGUAGUUGUGACAUCGCUCCUAUUUUUUGGUGGCAUCCGUCAUCACCGUUGUUCGCAUUCCAACGUGCUCGACGUGGCCAAAGUUCAACAGUGUUCAAUCGACAACCUCAAGGCCGACCUUUCGUUCCUGGAUGAUGCUCGGCCGAUUGAAGCAGAGGAGUUCAUUGGGCGACGUGAUCGGCUGGCAAAGGCCUUGGCUGUGAAUGGCAUUGACGCGUUCGUGCUAGAGCCGGGCUACACGUUCCAGUACUAUGGAAACACUUCGCAGGUGGACUGGGAGCCCUGGGAGCCAGAGGAGCGCCCGUUCUUGAUGCUCAUUCUCCCAGAGACUUCUGCCGAAGGCGAGGUCGUAGCAAAGACGGCAUACCUCUCGCCGCACUUCGAAGAAGGCCGCGUCCGCAUGCUGGGUAUCCCCUCUCGAGAGGAGACGCUGGACAUUGUCAUCUGGGAAGAGCACUGGAACCCUUACGACACACUGAUCAAGUCGAGGCUGUUUGAGGGCAAGGAGGCCCCAAUACUCAUGGCCGAUGAGGAGAUUCGGGACUACAUUGUACGCGGUCUCGACUCCGCGGGUUUCAAGACGGUGGGCCUUUCCCCAGAGGCCGAGCUCGUGAGGCAGCUGAAGAGUCCUGCCGAAGUCGAACUACUUCGCGCCGUGAACACCGGGACGGUGGUUGCUCUGAGGGCAAUGCGCCCAUGUCUCGUUCCUGGGUUGACCGAGGACGAAGUCACUACUAUCCUCGACAACUCAAUGCUCUCCAUUGGUUUCAGCCUGUUCUUCAACAUUGUUCUCUUUGAGGAGCACGGCGCCCUGCCCCACGGUGGAUUCGUCACCGGCGGUAAGAAGCUCACCUACAACAGCAUGAUUGUCAUCGACGUGGGCGCGCAUUACCUGGGAUACUCGUCAGACAUCUGCCGAAGUUUCCUCAUUGACCUGCCGGAGGGUCAGCACAGCGUUAUUCCAGACCCGUUGCGGGAAGAGAAGGAGAACGUCUGGCAGAUUGUGCUCGAGGCGCAGUCGGCUGCCGCGGAAGCUUUCAAGCACAACAACACGGCCGCUAGCGUGGACAUUGCGGCGCGGACUGUCAUCGAGAAUGCCGGCUAUGGAUACGGCUUCACCCAUCGAUUGGGGCAUGGCAUUGGCAUCAAGGCUCACGAGUCGCCCUACCUGAACAAAUGGAACAAGGACGUGCUUCUGAAGCCGGGAAUGACCUUCACUAACGAGCCGGGAAUUUACUUGGAGGGAAAAUUUGGCGUGAGGCACGAGGACAUUUACUUGGUCAAGGAAGAUGGCGCAGCUGAGUUGCUCACUGGCCAGAGGGCAAAGGGUCUUCGCGAGCCGUGA